UCAGCUAGUAGUAUUCGGAUCGUUGGGCGGGUUUUUUACAAGGCUCGCUACAAACGUGUGCUGAAGAAUGGAAGAAAGCGGCGCUCUUUAGAUUCCGCACAAUGACAACCCAAAGGAUUCUACCACAAAGCAAAGAGACGCUGCUGCAGUCGUACAACAAGAGGCUGAAGGAUGACAUCCGAUCCAUCCUGGACAAUUUUACUGAGAUCAUUAAGACGGCAAAGGUUGAAGAUGAGACCCAAGUGUCCCGUGCCACUCAGGCAGAACAGGACCAUUAUGAGAUGCACGUGAGAGCGGCUAACAUCGUGCGAGCCGGAGAGUCCUUAAUGAAGCUGGUGUCGGACCUCAAGCAGUUCCUGAUCCUCAACGACUUCCCCUCCGUGAACGAGGCCAUCAACCAGAGAAACCAGCAGCUGCGCUCCCUGCAGGACGAGUGCGAUAAGAAACUGACCACCCUGCGCGAUGAGAUUGCGACUGACCUCUAUGAGUUAGAGGAAGAAUAUUACUCGUCCAGGUACAAAUAGGACGUAGUCCAUGAGUGGCCUUCACCAGUGCCUUAACCCUGUCUGUCUGUCCGUGUGUCGUGCCACCUUUCUGUUGACUCUGAACCAGUGUGGCGGACACUACAGCUUUAGUUGCUAGCUUUGGAAACGCGCACCUUAUUGUGACCGCAUUUGCACUUCAUUUUAUAUUUGACUUUUUAAUGGGUUUAUUUUUCCUGGGAAUCUUCGGUGUCGGGGUGUCGGACCGAGUGUAGUGAGAAGCCAAGCGAUUGGCUAACUAGAAAGAUUACAGUAUGCAGGCUUUGGAGGCGAGUCGGGCCCCUUCUCCAGGCGAGACCCUAACCCUAGUGACGUCUCGCUUCGCUUGACUUCUGGGACACUCGAGAAAUGCCGGAAUCUCCUGUGAACCAAUCGGUUCAGUCCGUUUUCAGAUGGCCUCGGCGCUUUGACGUAUGUAUGGCCUUGUGAGACACUCUGGUAGGGGUGCCAAUGAUUGGACUUGGCAUCCCGCCCCCAGCCCCAUUAUUUUAUACGUUAUUAACGGUGGUGUGACGGUUACGUGUUUUAUAAUCUCUGAAACUGAUCGGCUUUCGUUUUAGGCAGGACCAAUUACUCUGAACACUUUACAAAAGAGGCGCCCUGCCCGGGGUUUUUUCCUGCCUUGUGCCCUGUGCUGGCUGGGAUUGGCUCCAGCAGGCCCCCGUGACCCUGCGUUCGGAUACAAAAGAACUAUAAAGAGAAAUCCUAAACGUUCUCAACAUGACCAGCCGUCUUUGGAGCUUUCACAGAGCACAUCCAUCUCCACCGCACAGGCCUAUGGGACGGAGCGAGUUACUGUCGCAGUAGAAUUCUAGCGACUGGCAUUGAAACAUGUAAUCACGCUACUAAGAACUGUGGGGGGUGUGGCCUGAAAUUCAUGGAGUCGUUUCAAUGGUGAGCAGGAGGAUACUGGGAGUUUAAUAGAGAGAUCGGCCUCCCCGUUUGUCUGCAUUAAGAGGCGACCAUUGGCUUGUGUUUGAAACUCUUCACUAGGCUGCUGCUUUGUCUUCGGCCAUCGUGCUGCCCCCCAAGACGAGCGGCUCCUUUAGAAUUUACUUUGAAAUGAAGGGAAUAAAAGAGCACAAAAGUCCUUUCAAGAUUCCGCUCGGUGCCACACUAACAACCGUGGGGCCAGCGUUUUGAUCUUACGAAUGGUGCGGACUCGGGGCCCAUGGGCAGUGCCAGGCGUUUGCUGCCGCUCUGAUUCCUUGGGCUUGGCGGAGUACGACACACAGUCAGAGAGAGACACACAUGGACGCUCCGCGGCUCUGAACGUCUCCAUUCUUCUCUCCUUUAUAGAUUUUCAGUUCUGCUCUUCUCCGUCUCUUUCUUUUAUCUUUUUACACUGACGUGCUACUUCAGAUGCCAACCGAGCCAAUAACACCACCCCUAAGGUCAGAUGCCAAGUAAUAAAUUUGUCUUCCUUCAGCACGGAUUGAGAGAGAGAAUCCAUAUUCUGGCCUCCUCGUCCUCCUCAAAGGAGGAAGGCGUGUGCAGCGUCCAUCGAUGUCAUGAAGUGGCCCACACGUUUAUCCAGGGGGACCGAGGUGUCCCGCUACACGCUGGCUGUUUGCGGAGAGUCUCUGCAGUUGGCGCAUAGGUCACAUGGACCCCACGGCCCACGCUGCCAGCCCACCUGACGUGUAGGCGAGUCCCUCGCUUCGCUUGAGUUUGCCCUGCCUCUUCGUCGAGAUGUUUAGAGACUGGCACAACGGGUUUUCAUUUUCAAAGAGCUGAUUAGGUCUCGGCGUGCCCGACUUCUCGUGUAGUUCGUGAAAGACUGCUGUUGUGCGCCCCGUGACAGCUGCCAUCUUACAAACCGAGCCCCUGGCACCUAUUCAGUUCUAUCCAGAGAGUGCCAAGGACUUGGUGUCAUUAAGGACAUGCGCGGGAGCGGCGAGUGUGACGCCUUUGCCGUGGGAGCCCACAGUGCGCAGAACAAAUUCAAAGAGCAAACUCGUCCAAUCGCAGGAAGUGAGCUGUCAUUGGGGCUGAGCUCCAGCAGAUGUCGUGGCCCCACCCCUCCGGACACGACGAGGGAGCGAGCUGAUUGGUGCCUUUGUCAGUACAGAAUGGCGACCACGAUGACCGGCCCGCCGCUGAACGGUGGGAAGUCACCAGCGUGCCGUUAGCAGAACCGCUUGAUGGUUUCACUGUGGCAUUCGCAGGGGUGAAUGUGGGCCUCUGGCGUGAAGCUCCUGAUGCCCACCACUAAUCCUGUGAAAGUGGCACAGUCGCCUGGCGCCCUGUUUAAAGCUGUCAUAGACCAAUACCAGGGUGCCCAUUUGUGAUCCAUGUUGGUAAAACGCUUCUGUGGGCACAAUAAAGACGCGUGUUUUAGAAACUUUUAUAACCUGAACAUCUUAAACUUGGCAUCUGCGUCGCACUCGUCGAGAUGAAACUCGCUCGGAUUAAAAGCACCUUUGAGAGCUCGGGUGGCACUGGCAGGGCAGACCCACGUUACCAUCCAUCCCCUUUGUAUGCGACGGGCACUCAUGUCACCUUACAAUUGUCACUUUUAUCUGAAAUUGGCAUCAAUUUAAUGCAAUGAAUUUGAAUCCAAAAUGCAUUCCAACAGAUGGUGAGCAGCAAAUGUUCCUGCUGAGCACUCGGUGAGUGGCGCUGCUGGGCCGACGCCAGUGAAGUGUGUGUCAUUGAAUGUCCCUCUGUUUUGAUGGCUGCAGGUGUCCCGUCUGUCCGGUUAGCUCCGCGUUUCCCAAACUCGGUCCUGGGGACCCCCAGUGGCGGCGCAGAUUCUGUUUGGAAUUGGACUCCUGGGCUAAUUAAGUGGACGACCUCUGAAAAUGUUCCAAGCAGUUCUGUGACAAUAAUGGAUUCGUUUUGUCUUUUUAAUCUUUAUCUUCUCAUUCUACUUUUCUAUUUGUUCUAAUUGUUUAAUCCAUUCUUUACUAAUUAGGGGCUCUGACUCUAAAGUACUCGCAGCGUGUCGUUUACCGGCGUGUCUGCCCGCGCUGCCCAUUUUUAAUUGUCAUUAAUAAGAUACAAAAACUGCACAGAGAGAGCAACAUAGAAUGAAGUCCACCAGAGAGAGCGAAACAUUUAAAUGGAGAGCAAAAGCAGAAAUCUUUCAAAAUGUCUUAUGAAUGUAAACCUCCGGCUGCUGUGCUUCUCCGAGUGUCGACUAAAAGAUGAAGAAUCUCCGCUAAUUAAAUGAGCUCCGUGCUGUCCGGUGUCGUCGCGGGUCAGGAAUCUGAUUGGAACAAAAGCCUGCAGCCACGGGGGGUCCCGAGUUUGUGUUUUUCAAUAUUUCUAGAGACUCCCAGUUAUCGGCCAAUCAAAGGACGUGCGCCUACAGCAGCGUUUCCCAAAGUGCCAACCCUUUGCCUUUAAAAGGUGCCAGGCUCGUUCACACUGCCCACGUAAACGCGUCCUCUUGGUGUUUCAUCUGCAGAACAUUCCGGGUGUCUCCUGACAGGUGGCAGAGCAGCUCCCUGUUGGCGUUUUUCAGCACCGGUGGGCUCAGGUCUGUGCAGAGUGCUGGCUGGGUUUGUGCUCUCCAGCCUGCCAGCUCCUGCCUGGGCACUGGUCCACGUGGGCAUAUUGGGAUGCUGCGUCCGGUCUACGGCGGCCCACUCCUCCUCCAUCACGUCAUUUUCAUGAAAACGUUGAUUUUUGCACCCUCUUCCUCCUCUUCCUCGGUGGCUGAAGUAAUUUAGCACAUUACUUGACCCGCAUGGUUGUCAUGAUGGCUGAGGAACUCGUCGCCUCCUGCAGAGAGGAGAACGUUUGUGAUGUCGUGGGCUUCAGUGGGGGGCAAACGGUGAACACCACCCACGGGUUUGGGGGGCAGACGCGGGUUACGAGUGUUACGUAAUCCACAUGCCAGUUAUCCUGACGUAUGUCAUCCAGAAAAUGAAAGCAGUGCACAAAAGUGAAAUGCACUCAAGACAGGAUUACCGACCAAUGAGUGAUGAGGGAGACGCUCGGGUGAAACGAUGGCCAAUCAAAGGGGUCAUUGGGCCCGACUUCUCCGUGUCAAACACUCUGCCGCUGCGACCAAUGAGCGGAGAGAGAGGAGGCGGGUCUUCACUUUCGUGUGCCGCUUCCCACAAACCGAUUGAUUGAUUUAACAGCAUUCUAUGGACUGGCACACGUGCUCUGAGCAGAAAACCGAUGGCCGUCCCUUCUUUCGUUUUUGGAUGUUGUCAUUGUCAUUCAGCGUCGGCCCCCACCGAAGCCCACAGAGAUGUUGCGGUCUCUGCUGUCCAUUAAAACCUGACCCUCCUGUUUUUCUUCACCAUCAAUACAAAGAACAUGGCAUAAGGAACAGAUUUCAAAAACAAAAGAACAUUGCUGGGUGGCAUACGUAUUCCUUUAAUGGCUCUGCCCACUGUGCCAUGCAGACCCUUUGGCUCUCCCAGAGUUCUCGUUGCCUUUGGUUCUUCGGUUUCACAUGAACCCACCCGGGCUUCGUUGUGUCUCAGGUAGCCGCACCACCGAUCGGGCCUGAGGCCUGGCGCCACAUGCAUGAAGAAAUACUCCUUGGCAUUCUGGGCACGUUUGGACCACGGUGGCAGACUGAGCCCCGAGUUCCCGUUAGAAAGUGCAGAGAGCCCACUGGGGUCAUGUAUGAAAGGACGAGUCUUUGGUGCCACAUUUAGAAAGACGCCCGCGAGCAGAGUGGCACUUGCACGAGUCCUGCCACGUCACGAGGGCACAGCGCAGAAAUGUCAGUUAGGUAUGAUAGGGCUAAAGGAGGGGAGUCUAAAGCUGGCGCUUUGUUACGUUUGAUGGGUUACUGUUCUCAUGCCACCCAUUUUUUAUUCUUCUUUGGCGGUGAGCUUCACUUUGUCUUUUGUAUGCAGUUGCUUUGUAUUUGUAUUGUAGUUGUGCUUUUGUUAACUUCUUAAUCUAAAUAUAAUAAUAAUAAUAAUAAUAAUAUAAUAAUAUCA